AUGGCCAAGCUCAAGUUUUGGUUUAUGCCUGGCAGCUGCUCUCUAGCUCCGCACAUCCUCUUGCGCGAGCUAGGUUUAGACGUGGAAACCAUCCAUGUCACAGACCUGUCCCCAAGCGGUUUGGGAGCCAUUAAUCCCAAGCGGCGUGUCCCUGUCCUCUCCAUUGACGGUGAGAUCAUCACAGAAGUGCCGGCAAUCCUGACCGCGUUCGCUCAGCUCGGAUCUCCAGAUCAGCGGUUGCAUGCGAUUGGAGAUUCAUUUACGGUUGUGGAUCUGUAUUUGUUAGUUUUCUAUCGGUGGGGAAUAGCUAUUGAGCUGGAGAUUGAGAAGGAUUUCCCGAAAUAUACAACUUUGAUCGCAAAUUUGGUGAAGAGAGACGCCGUUGUUGAGACGUUGGAGGAGGUGAAGUUGCCUCCACUGUUUGCGCCGAAGGUCUGA